UUUUUUUAUCGUUUACAAAUUUUGUUAUAAUAAAAUCGUUUUCAUAACAAAUAUAGAGGGCAAAGUUAAAUCUAUUCUGUGAAGUUUGUGUAUUGAUUUAAUGUUUCAAUUUAGGACAAAGUUUAAUUAAUUCGAGAUUAUAGUUUGAAGAUGAGAAGACAUCGGAUCAAAUAAGAUCAAAGACAUAAAACUUAGGUUUUUGUUAUAGUCCAGUCGGUCAUUUUAAACUAAUAUGGCGAGAAAUGCGGAAGCUGAGGUGGCAAAAAUGAAAAUGCUAGAAGAACGCAUCAAGGCGCCAUCUAUCUGGGGACGUGUGCCCUGCGGCAUCAGGUUUGAAGAUCUGCAAGACAGGAGCUACGAGGAUGCUGUCAGAUUAUUGAAAAACCAUUUCUUAUCAGAAGAGAUAACCUACAGAUCCGUGAAGAUAUCCAACGAGAAAGAGGCGACUGAUGAAUUCGUCCACAAUGUUAGGAUCUGGAUGAAAGACAAAAUGUCCAUAGCAGCGGUCAAAGAGGGAACAAAUAAACUGGUUGGAGUUCUGAUCAUGAGGAUACAGGAGAAAAGCGCAUACUCCCGUACAUUUAGCCACGUUAAAAUAACACACAGCCCUCAAUAUACGCAAGUGAUUACGUUUUAUAGAGAAAUUGAGAAGGGUGCUAAUUUGUUUGAGAAACUUGAUGUGAAGCGUUACCUUAAGAUAUACGUGCUGGCAUUGAAAGCUAGAUAUCGGCAUAGGGGUAUAGCAAAGGAAAUGUUAAAGGCUGCGAUAGGGUUGAGUGAAAGUGCCAACGUUCCCGCUAUAUCUGGCAUCUUCACGACGGGUAGAGGCCAGCAGAUCGCUGAAGAACUAAGCUUUGAGAAGUUCAACGAAUUAUAUUACAUAAGAUACAUCAUAAACGACGAGAUAGUUUUCUGGGACACCGGUCUAGGUAAUUACGGCGCCGCUCUCAUGGCGUACAGGAUACCAACGGUAGUUGAGCCCCAGGAACUUCAGAUGCAGCCGUCAUCACGGUUCAACAUACAACAGCCAAAUGAUGAUGAUGAUGAUGAUUGAUGAUAGGAGCAUAUUUUGAACAUUAUGAUGUUUGAUUGUUGUUCAAGGUGAUCAUGAUAUAUAAGUAUUGCUUAAUAUUAGUAUAGAAAUAAAAUUAAUUCAUACUAUAAAUAAAAUAUUUAAUUCUGUAGAAUUUCAAAUAUUAAUUUAAUUUUAUUUAUAUAUAAUGUAAUUAUUAUAAAAAGCUAGACAAAAAUUCCAUUAUACAAUAAAAAUAUUGUCAGCGCUA